AACAUUAUUUCUAAUCCUGACCUGCUCACCAGCAGAGAGAUUAGGGUCACCUUUCACAACAGAUGCACAAACCAGGAUUAAGAGAACAAGGUGAAACAUACAGUGACCUUAUACUGCUUAUAUGUUGGAUUGUCUUAAUGUUAGGCAGGUUAUUUAAGUAUUAGUGAUCAUUUAAGCAUGGAUUCCUCGCAUGUUGUUAGAGACCAGCUUCUUUUUAAUGAAUCAGCAAAUGUGCCUGACAUAACUGCAGUGACUAUUUCGUAUCUAUUAUGUAUUUUUGGUGGCUCUUUGUCAGUUCUCAUAAUGUGUGGAAACCUACUUGUAAUAAUCUCCAUUGUUUAUUUCAAACAGCUCCACACUCCUACUAACUUCCUGAUGCUCUCUCUGGCUGUGGCUGACCUGCUAGUUGGAAUUUUAGUUGUGCCUUUUAGCAUCAUUAUUGUUGUAAGCUCAUAUUUCCGUCUUCAAUACAUACUUUGUAGAAUACGGAGCAGCUUUGAUAUGAUACUGUGCAAUUCUUCCAUUUGGAACUUGUGCUGCAUUUCUGUUGACAGAUAUUUCGCAGUGUGUCAGCCUCUGAGAUACAGAACUAAAAUAAAUGGCCGUGUUGUUGGGAUCAUGAUUCUUGUGUCCUGGACUAUUGCCACUCUAAAUACAGCUAUUCAAACAUUGCAGGCCUUGAGUAAAGCACCAAACAGCAAGAAGUGUGUUUUAUUUCAACCGAAAACACAGAGUACAAUGGUUCUGGGAGGUUUAUUUGCAUUUGGCAUCCCAGCUGUCAUUAUGUCUACAAUCUACCUAAAGAUUUUCAUGGUGGCACGGAAACAGGCACGCAGCAUCCUGAGCAUGGCAAAAUCUGGUGAAACUGUCAGUAAAAUGGAGAAAAAGGCGACUAAAACUUUGUCUAUUGUGAUGGGGAUUUUUCUCCUGAGUUGGACACCUUUCGUUGUGUGCAUCACCUUUCAUCGUUUAAGCAAUUACCCAAUACCAGUCCAUGUAAUUCAGUCAUUAAAGUGGCUUGGAUGGUCAAAUUCAAUGUUAAAUCCAUUUAUUUAUGCUUUCUUUUACAGCUGGUUUCGAUCAGCUUUUAAGAUGAUCAUUACAGGGAAAAUAUUUAAAGAUGAUUUUUCUAAUUCUAAUCUCUUUUGAUUCAUUAUUUGAUUCACUGACGUGAGCAAUCAGGUCUGACACUAUGGAUGAAUAUAUUAUGUCUACAUCUAUUCAGGUCAUAUUUUUUGUCUAUACUGUGCAAUAACUGUUUUUGCAACACAAUGUAUAGAAAACUUGACAAGUACAUUUCAUGUAACAUGAUGAAUCUAAUGUUUCCAUCCCUCUAUAAUAAUACUUGUUUUACUGUGUAUGCUACUUGUCAUUUUACACACACACCACACACACCACACACACACACACAAUUUCAAACUUCAUGCAGAAAGGCAUCUUUAAAUGUUGUUGCUGUCAAUGUAAUUAGUUGUCAUGACUGUUUUUCAGGAAGGCCUUAACCUAAUCAAUACUUCAGAAUGAAUUAAAAAUUAAUUACUGAACAUAAAAGUGAUGUGUAUAUUAUUAUUACUUUUGUUGAA